AUGGCGUCACCCGGCACCGUCCUCAUCGCCGUCGGCAUGUUUCUUCUCGCUGUGGCCUCCUGCCUCCCUGCGACGACAGCCCAGGAGGCCGCCACACCAUCUCCAUCCCCAUCUCCGGCGCCGGCUCCCUCGCCGGGCUACGUGAACCUCACCCAUCUGCUAGCUCUGGCGGGGCCGUUCACCACCUUCCUCCGGUACCUGGAGCAGACCGACGUCAUCGACACCUUCCAGAACCAGGCAAACAACACCGAGCAGGGGAUCACCAUCUUCGUCCCCACCAACGAGGCUUUCUCCUCCCUGAAGCAGCCCUCCCUCUCUAACCUGACCCAGAGCCAGCUCCGGUCCCUCCUCCUCUUCCACGCCCUUCCGCAGUACUACAGCUUGGAGCAGUUCAAGAACCUCAGCCAGGAGGGCCCCACCAGCACCUUCGCCGGCGGGCAGUACACGCUAAACUUCACCUACAGCUCGGGGCUCGUGCGCGUUUUCUCCAGCUGGGCGAACCCUUCGAUCAGCAGCAGCAUCUUCUCCACGGCGCCGGUGGCGCUGUACCAGGUAAAGAGGGUUCUCCUGCCGGAGGCGAUCUUCGGGGCGGCUCCGCCGGCGGCGCCGGCGCCGGCGCCGUCACCGGAAUCUGGCAAUCCCGCCGAUCUGGCUCCCUCUGAGGGGAGUGGGUUGUCGUCUCCGAAGGGUUCCCCUUCCGGUGCAAAUUCUUCUCCUCGCCAGAACCACGGCGGCGCCGCCACCCGCCUCGUUCUGGGAGUUGCAGGGGGGCUGAUGCUCCUGUGUUGA